GGACUCGGCGGGGCGCCGGCCGGCGGGCGGAGACGGACCCGGGCGCUGUCCGAGCAGGAAGCCAGGAGCAGCCCGGCGCCGUCGCCGCCCGCCCGGUGCCCGUCCGCGUCGUCGCCCUCUUCUCUCGCCCUCUCGCGUCUCGCCCCUCCCUCCGGCCUCACCGGCGACAGGUAGCCCCGCCGCCGCGCACCUGCCUUCGCUCCCGCCCCGGAGACAGUGGAUAGCCCCCUUCAAACAUGGAGGAUGGAAAGCCCGUUUGGGCACCACACCCCACAGAUGGGUUCCAGAUGGGUAACAUUGUGGACAUUGGCCCUGACAGCUUAACAAUCGAACCUUUGAACCAGAAAGGCAAGACGUUUUUGGCUCUCAUAAACCAAGUGUUCCCUGCAGAAGAGGACAGUAAAAAAGAUGUGGAAGAUAAUUGUUCAUUAAUGUAUUUAAAUGAAGCCACACUUCUUCAUAAUAUCAAAGUUCGAUAUAGUAAAGACAGAAUUUAUACAUAUGUCGCCAACAUUCUGAUUGCAGUGAACCCAUAUUUUGACAUACCUAAAAUAUAUUCCUCAGAAACAAUAAAGUCAUAUCAAGGAAAAUCACUUGGGACAAGGCCACCUCAUGUCUUUGCCAUUGCUGAUAAGGCUUUUCGAGACAUGAAGGUGCUCAAGAUGAGUCAGUCUAUCAUUGUAUCCGGAGAGUCAGGAGCUGGUAAAACAGAAAAUACAAAAUUUGUUCUAAGAUACCUGACUGAAUCCUAUGGAACAGGUCAAGAUAUCGAUGAUAGAAUUGUUGAAGCUAACCCACUCUUAGAAGCCUUUGGAAAUGCAAAAACUGUUCGUAACAAUAAUAGCAGUCGAUUUGGAAAAUUUGUAGAAAUACAUUUCAAUGAAAAGAGUUCAGUUGUUGGAGGAUUUGUUUCACAUUAUCUUCUGGAGAAAUCUAGGAUUUGUGUUCAAGGCAAAGAAGAAAGGAAUUAUCAUAUCUUUUAUAGGUUAUGUGCUGGUGCUUCUGAAGAUAUUAGGGAAAAACUUCAUUUGAGCUCCCCAGAUAAUUUUCGGUAUUUAAACCGAGGCUGCACUAGAUACUUUGCUAACAAAGAAACCGACAAGCAGAUUUUACAGAACCGCAAAAGUCCUGAGUAUCUUAAGGCAGGUUCCUUGAAAGAUCCUCUGUUAGAUGACCAUGGAGAUUUUAUCAGAAUGUGCACAGCCAUGAGGAAGAUUGGUUUGGAUGAUGAAGAAAAGCUUGAUCUCUUCCGGGUGGUAGCUGGUGUCCUGCACCUUGGAAAUAUUGAUUUUGAGGAAGCCGGCAGCACUUCAGGUGGUUGCAAUCUGAAGAAUAAAUCUACUCAGUCUUUGGAAUACUGUGCUGAGUUACUGGGUUUGGACCAAGAUGAUCUCCGAGUGAGUUUAACCACACGAGUCAUGCUAACGACAGCAGGGGGCACCAAGGGCACUGUCAUAAAGGUGCCUCUGAAAGUGGAACAGGCAAACAACGCCCGUGAUGCCCUGGCCAAGACGGUCUACAGCCAUCUUUUUGAUCAUGUGGUAAACAGGGUAAAUCAGUGUUUUCCUUUUGAAACAUCAUCCUAUUUUAUUGGAGUCCUAGAUAUUGCUGGUUUUGAAUACUUUGAGCAUAAUAGUUUUGAACAAUUUUGCAUCAACUAUUGCAAUGAAAAACUUCAGCAAUUUUUUAACGAAAGGAUUUUGAAGGAGGAGCAAGAACUUUAUCAGAAAGAAGGUUUGGGUGUUAAUGAAGUGCAUUAUGUGGAUAAUCAGGACUGUAUUGAUUUAAUUGAAGCAAAAUUAGUGGGAAUACUGGAUAUUUUGGAUGAAGAAAAUCGUCUUCCCCAGCCGAGCGAUCAGCACUUCACAUCUGCCGUUCACCAGAAGCACAAGGAGCAUUUCCGCCUCACUAUUCCAAGAAAAUCUAAGCUGGCCGUUCACAGGAACCUCAGAGAUGACGAAGGCUUCAUCAUCAGGCAUUUCGCAGGGGCAGUGUGCUAUGAGACUACCCAGUUUGUGGAGAAAAAUAAUGAUGCUUUACACAUGUCUCUUGAAUCCUUAAUAUGUGAAUCCAGGGAUAAGUUUGUACGGGAAUUGUUUGAAUCAUCCACAAAUAACAACAAAGAUACUAAACAAAAAGCAGGGAAACUUAGCUUCAUCAGCGUGGGAAACAAGUUUAAGACACAGUUAAAUUUGCUUCUGGAUAAACUUCGAAGUACUGGAGCAAGCUUUAUUCGUUGCAUCAAACCUAACUUAAAGAUGACAAGCCACCACUUUGAAGGUGCUCAAAUUCUGUCUCAACUUCAAUGUUCAGGUAUGGUGUCUGUUUUGGACUUGAUGCAAGGCGGUUUUCCAUCCCGAGCUUCCUUUCAUGAGCUCUACAACAUGUAUAAAAAGUAUUUGCCAGACAAACUUGCAAGACUGGAUCCAAGGCUAUUUUGUAAGGCUCUUUUUAAAGCUUUGGGAUUAAAUGAAAUUGACUACAAAUUUGGCUUAACAAAAGUGUUUUUUAGACCUGGCAAGUUUGCAGAAUUUGACCAGAUUAUGAAGUCUGACCCUGACCACUUGGCAGAGCUGGUUAAGAGAGUCAAUCACUGGCUCGUCUGCAGCCGCUGGAAGAAGGUGCAGUGGUGUUCUCUCUCCGUCAUCAAAUUGAAAAACAAAAUAAAAUAUCGAGCUGAAGCCUGCAUUAAAAUGCAAAAAACUAUUCGAAUGUGGCUUUGCAAAAGGAGACACAAACCUCGCAUUGAUGGCCUGGUGAAGGUGGGCACCCUGAAAAAGAGACUUGACAAGUUUAAUGAAGUUGUAAGUGCGUUGAAAGACGGAAAACCAGAGAUGAAUAAGCAGAUCAAGAAUCUUGAAAUUUCUAUCGAUACUUUGAUGGCCAAAAUUAAGUCCACUAUGAUGACCAGGGAGCAGAUACAGAGAGAAUACGACGCGCUGGUCAGAAGCUCUGAGGAUCUGCUCAGUGCGUUACAGAAAAAGAAGCAGCAGGAAGAGGAAGCAGAAAGGCUGAGACGCAUCCAGGAGGAAAUGGAGAGAGAAAGGAAGAGGCGGGAAGCAGACGAGCAGCGCCGGCGGCUGGAGGAGGAGGAGAGGCGGAUGAAACUUGAGAUGGAAGCAAAGAGGAAACAAGAAGAAGAAGAGAGAAAGAAAAGGGAAGAUGAUGAAAAGCGCAUUCAGGCUGAAGUGGAGGCCCAGCUGGCCAGACAGCGGGAGGAGGAGUCCCAGCAGCAGGCGGUUCUGGAGCAGGAGCGGAGGGACCGCGAGCUGGCUCUGAGGAUCGCCCAGAGUGAGGCUGAGCUCAUCAGUGACGAGGCCCAAGCUGACCCGGCGCUCCGCAGCUUGGAGUCCCACCCAGUGACAUCUACAAAUGAUGGAACAAGACCCCAAAUGACGCCGGAACAAAUGGCCAAGGAAAUGUCAGAAUUGUUGAGUAGAGGUCCUGCCGUACAAGCCACCAAGGCAGCUGCUGGAACCAAGAAACACGAUCUUAGUAAAUGGAAAUAUGCAGAACUCCGUGAUACCAUCAACACUUCCUGUGAUAUUGAGCUCCUGGCAGCUUGCAGAGAAGAAUUCCAUAGGAGACUAAAAGUGUAUCAUGCUUGGAAAUCCAAGAACAAGAAGAGAAAUACUGAAACAGAGCAACGUGCUCCAAAGUCUGUGACUGAUUAUGAUUUUGCACCAUUUUUGAACAAUUCACCUCAGCAGAACCCAGUGGCUCAGCUCCCUGCCCGGCAGCAGGAGGUCGAGAUGAGCCGGCAGCAGCGCUUCUUCCGCAUCCCCUUCAUCCGCCCGGCCGACCAGUACAAGGACCCGCAGAGCAAGAAGAAGGGCUGGUGGUACGCACACUUCGACGGGCCCUGGAUCGCGCGGCAGAUGGAGCUGCACCCCGACAAGCCGCCCAUCCUGCUUGUGGCUGGCAAGGAUGACAUGGAGAUGUGCGAGCUCAAUCUGGAGGAGACGGGCCUGACUCGGAAGCGUGGCGCCGAGAUCCUGCCCCGACAGUUUGAGGAGAUGUGGGAGCGCUGCGGGGGCCUGCGGUACCUGCAGAGCGCGGUGGAGAGCAGGCAGGCGCGGCCCACCUACGCCACGGCCAUGCUGCAGAGCCUGCUCAAGUAGAGGGCUGCAGAGCUGGGCAGGGGGUAGGGGCCACCAGGGGGUGAACCGUCCGUCAUCAUGCUAGAGUUGCUUCUAUAAAGUGACCAGAGUUUGUUAAUCGUGGCUUUUUGUAGAUUUGUUGAAGGUUAAUCAUGGCAGUGAAUUUGGAACCUAAAACUUACUUUUCCCCUUACCCAGCUGUAACUCUGAAACCUUCAUAUUUGUUUCACUUGGACAGAUUCUGACAUCUCCUUAUCCUUUGCCGACAGACUACCUUACAUCUAUCAGAAUUGUUCCCUAGGAAAAGAGUUUUUUUAAAAAAAUACAAAAUACUUGCUUUCUAAAUAUGGCCUAGUACCAUCAAACUGGAGUAAUGAGACAUUAGUUAAGAUUUCUUACAAGAAUUAGGGUACUUAAAAUGAUUCAGGCACUGAUGCUUUGUUCUGAAAAGUGGUGCCUUUUCUUUACUUUUGGUAGAAAUUCAUAGAAAUUUCCAUCAGAAGUGGAAAUUCUGAUUUUUUUUCUCCUUUGCAGUGUGUCUUACUCUGAGUGGAGCAAUUCUUUCUAAGUUCAGGAGUUCUAGAAAGAGCCUUUAUGUAUUUGAUGGACUCUGUGAUAAAGAAGGUACUGAUCGUAUCCCGCACAGAUUUGUUUCAUGCUAUCCAAAUAUUCCUUUUACAUUCCAUGGACAAAUAAAGGAAAUUCAGGUCAUUUAAAUGCCUGAAAGUUUUGAGAUAAGUUUUAUUUAAUUUAGAAAAGGAAAUGGGUUUUAGGUGCACCAUGGUUUAAACUGGACUGAAUUCAACUGUUCUUUCAGCUUCAUCUCAAGUUAUGAUUUUUGUAUCAGAAUAUUGUCCAAGUUGUUUAAUAGGAUUUAAAGUAGAAUUAUGUUUCAAAUAUCUUUCUUUUUUUUUUUUUAAUUCCUAAUGUCUUUUUGGUCUUUGAGAUUUUGGUAAUCAAAGGGCUGUUUCAUAUGCUUUGUAAUUCAAAAGCCCUUGUGUUUAGUAAUUGCUUGUUUUAUGUAACUCUGUGUGUUGUUCUGAUCAAAUAUCAGCAGUUUGAAGCCUAAUAUUUAUGACUUUCGUAUUAGGAAUUUGGAGACAAGAAAUACAUCAAACAGUUAUGUUGACAUAAUCCUAAAGAGUCUUGUUUGUAUACUAGAAUAAAAUUAGAAAAUGAAAUGAUUCUCUGCACCUUUUCCUCCAGUUUUUAGAGACCUUAACCUUUGAAAUGAAAUUCCAGUGAUUUUUUUUUUUUUUUUCUAGAAAGAUUACCUCAGUUUGGAAAAUAUUUCCCAGCUGACUAGGUUAGUGUUUGAGAGCACAGACACUGUUUUCAGAAUUGCUUCUCUCAUACUGUGUGUCUUAAUACAGAAAUAUUUAUUUAUUAUACUACUGUGCAAAUGAUUGUCUUGUGUUAAAGUAAUUAAAAUGCUAUUAAUUGAGAAUGUGAAUGUGAUCACCUUUUGGAGGAUGUAUUACUCCACACACACCCCCUGCUGGGCCCUUCGAUUGAUGACAGAAGGUUUAGUUACUGAAAUAAAAGACCUGCUCUCUCUCUUCCAUCUCUGGCCUUUAGUUGGUGUUUUUAUUUGUAUAGGAUAUGGAAGGAUAAACUUUGUUUACCUUGGUUUAGUAACAAGAAAAGUUAUUAAACAAAAUUUAGUAACCAAAUGGAUUUUUAAUGACUUGUCCUUUAGUACUGUUUCCAGAAAUAGUUUUCUGUAUCUUUUAGAUAUGUCUAUAGGCACCAGAUAGAAAAUUAAUGAGAGUUUAAAAUUAUUAAGUUGAAAGAACUUGACAUUGUAAAGAAUUUGUAAGAAAUACAUCACCACAAAAAAUUGUUGUAAGUCUCUUCGUUUUUGACUCCAAUGGUUAAUAAAAUUAGUUAAUCUUUUUUUUUUUUUUUUGUGGUUUUUGGCCGGGGCUGGGUCCGAACCCGCCACCUCCGGCAUAUGGGACCGGCGCCCCACUCCUUGAGCCACAGGCGCCGCCCUAAAAUUAGUUAAUCUUAAGCCAUUUUAUUUCUAAUUAUGUCACACACUUGUCCUAGAACUUAUCUAUUUAAAAUAGUCUCCUGGGUUAAUUCUGCAUACUGGGAGAGCUGCCCUAAUUCUGACAGACUUGAGUUAACCUAGAUACAAGAGAUGUACGUCCACAUAGACGCCCUUUGCUGGCGGAACUUCGCAGCCUGUCACCCUCUUAAGGGAGAUAGCAGAAACGCUGUUCUGAAAGAUGUCAGUGCAGCUGCUUUACCGUGUUCAUGAGCAGACUCAGACAUCCUAGGUGAACAGCGUAGGAAUAAAAAGUGAAGUAAUUCAUAUUUUAAUUGGUCAUUUUAAUUGAGACUUAAAAUUAGAAGUUUAAGUCGUCCUGUCCAGUCUCUUCCAUAGUGGAUGCUUUGCAAAGGUGGGCACUGGUAGAAUAUUAAAAGUAAGAGGACAAAGAGUUUUCACAUUCAGUGAUAAUGUGAUUCCUAAUUGUGCUAACACAGUGUCAGUGUGUAUUAUGAGCUGUGGGAACUCACUGAGUAAAGGAAAAUUCUCUAAUCCACGUAUGUUGGGAGAAUACUGAGUUUACUUAGAUGUGAAAUUGAGGAGAUGGCAUGUUCUCAGACGCUUACACAAGGAAGAAAUGAACUCAUGCACACAGGAUCACAGGCCCACUCAGGAUGUUCUAUUGCUACCUUUUGCUUCUAUUAAUUUUUAUAGGCCAUUCUUUCUAGUAACGUAUUGAAUCCCUUUGUUUUUCAAGCAACCAAGAAAAGAUCAUCUUAAGUAGAAUUUAGGUGGUGUUCAUGGAAGCUUGGGGAAUAGAAACCCACAGGCAAGAAUAAUAAUGAGUAUUUAUUAUCUGUAGAGCUUUGUUAAUUGGAUAUUAAAAAUAAGAUAUCUUCAUUCACAGGUUAUUACUGUGGUUCUCAGGGAACCCCAAAACAUACAGAUCUUUUAUUUUUUUCUUUUUUAUCUGAAGUAGUUUAGUUGAAGAGUACUUGGAUCAGCGGAAUAAAUAUUCAUUGAAUUGGUGAGCCACUUAAUACGAUGUUAGUGAGAGACCUUUUGUGGAUCAGAGAGGUCAGGUGAUUCAGUUCUAGACUGUGAGAAAGAUAGACAUGCCUUUGCUCCAAUUACACAUAUGUGGCAGAAAGCAUCAUAACAAGCAAACAUGGUUUUCUAGCCCCUGGAGGACUUAAAACAGUUGCUCCACCACCAUUUCCACAUCUUCUGAAGGGAAGACGGUUCGUGCCUAUCAGGCCUAUCGGCGCCAGUAAUGACAAGUAGCGAGAGUUUCACAAAGUCUCCUAGAAGGUAAAUGGACGAGUGGGGAGGAGAGAGUGGAGGAUAUCUGAAAACGAGAAUGGGCACAGAUUGGGGGGGAACAAAUGGAAGGGAAGAGCCCAGGGGCAGUGGAGAAGGUGGCUGCCCUACGCUACCUACCCAUUGGGGUUCAAAACACUGAUAACGUUUUAGGCAGCAGAGUGGUCAGAGUGGUCCUAGUAUUUGUGAAGUUUUAGAAUGAAUUGUGUAUGACAUGAGAGCCAGAGCCUACGGUUAUUAACACUUGGAUCCAGAUACACCUGGAGCAUAAAUUCUUGGCGAAUGGGAAUUUCGCUGCCACCCAGGAAAAGGUCAGCGCUAAGCAGGCGUCUGGAUGUAAGCCUCCUGGGAGGGGGAAACAGACUCACCAGGGUAAAGCCCACCCAUGCCAGGACCACGUGUUUGGAUAAAGUUCAGUUCAGUUCAAAUCAGAGUAUUCUUUCCCCCAUCACCGGCCUAAUACAGGACAGAAGUUUAGUCGUCUCAGAAGUUUUGCAAGAGAUAAUCAGGAAAAAUUAAUGCUUAUUCAAAAGAAGAGUCUUUCAUCCUAAUUUAUACAAAUGCUCACCUUUAAACCACAAAUAGGCUUAUUAAUUAAUGAAUAACAGUAAUUAAUAUUAAUAAUUAAAAGUUAAUAACUUUUCCCUUCUGAAAAUUCAGUUAGUUGCAACUGUUACUUAAUUUUUCCUGAUUUCAUUAACACUGUGUAUCUAAUACCUUCCUAAAACACUGAUGUACUGGAAAUGCAAAUAAAUGCUGUCUGCAUAGAACUUUA